AUGUUAGACAGGUUUCAGAUGAAGAAUUGCAAUUCUGUGAGUACACCAAUUGAGUUUGGUUUGAAGCAUUUGAAAGAUCCUGAAGGAAGAAAGGCGGCUGACACCCUCUACAAGCAAAUUGUGGGAAGCUUGAUGUACUUACGACCUAAUACAAUGCAUGCCGUGAGUCUCAUUAGUAGGUACAUGGAAUGCCCAAGAGAGAUGCAUCUUAAUGUUGCAAAAAGAAUUUUUCGAUACUUGCAAGGUAUUGCUGCUUAUGGGCUGUUUUAUAAGAAGGAAGAGAAGUCAUAUUUAUUUGGCUUUGCAGAUAGUGAUUAUACUGGAGAUCUAGAUGAUAGAAGAAGCACUUUAGGAUACAUUUUUAUGCUGGGUUCAGGAGCUAUGUCAUGGUCCUCAAAGAAGCAACCAAUUGUUUCUUUAUCAGCAAUUGAAGUUGAGUUCGUAGCUGCAACUUCAUAUGCCUGUCAAGCUAUUUGGCUAAGGAAGAUUCUUGAAGAACUUCUGUUCAAGCAACAAGGAGCAACUUCCAUUUACUGUGACAGCAGCUCAGUCAUUAAACUCUCCAAAAAUCCUGUUUAA